GAAAGGAAGAGGUGGGGGGGGAGAAAGAAGAAAACCCAAUUCCGAUUUCCUCGCCUAAUGCCUCGUAUGAAAUGUCUCGGGCGGGUCUCUGAAGACGUCUAAUCCCCCGCUUUUCCCACCACCGGCUGCCGUCUCGACCCACCGACCGUGUUUGUGAUGGAGCCGUCCGCCGAGACGACCGACGCCGAGAGGGACGUCGCAGAGGAGAGCCUGCAGGCUCAGCUAGCUGAUUACCAAGCUCAGGCGGAGCACUGGCAAGGUGUGGCGACUAUCUGUGAGCUGAGCAAACAGGAGGAGCUGACAGAGCUACAGAAACAAUGUGACCAAGAGAUCCAGUCUCUCCAGGAGGCACUGAGAGAAACGGUGGCGCAGUAUGAGGCCAGGAUAGCUGCUCUGCAGUCCGAGUCUGUGGAUGGGAUGAGAGCUAGCGGACGGACCCAGACUAGUGGAAGGAAAGGCUCCAUGAAUGUGACAGCUGCCCGUCGAGAAUCUUUGGAGCCCCUUACAAUAAGCCAGCCAGAAAGAGAGAGGGGGGGGAUGUCAGACAGUCCCCAAAGCCAACCGACAGAGCCUGAGGGGGCAGUGGAAGGAGAGAGGGUGGGGCUUCUCACUGAGGGCUAUUUCUCCCAGCACUGUGAUUCGGCCUCACUGUCCUCCUUCUCUUUGGACACACCCUCUCUGCCCAGAAAACCACCCCCACAGGAAGACACUGCUUCCUUGGUUUCAACAGGAACUCUGGUCCCGGAGGCCAUCUAUCUGCCACCAGCUGGCCACCGGCUGGUCACACACAGUGACUGGGAUGCAUUAAAUGCUCAGGUGUCGGAGCUGCAGGGGGAGGUGAGUCGGCUGCAGGCUGAGAGGGAGGAGUUGGAGAAAGAGUUGGAUAAACAGACCAUCCAUACACACAAACAGGUAUCAUUACUUCAGUCUCAGGUCCAGACUUCAGAGACCGUCCUCCACGAGUUGCAGAUGUCUUUCAGCCAAUCACAGAAAGCCGUCCAGAGCCGGCUGACAGAGCUGUCCCUGUCGCAGAGGAAGAUGUGCAGUGAGCUGUCUAGACUAAAAGGAGAGGAGAUUGUGGAGGCGGGACUAGACACUAACACAACUCUCUCAGCAACACUGCAGGGGGCGCACUGUGAAGAGCGCCUUCGGAUUGAGAUAGUGAACCUGAAGGAGCAGUUGGACACCCGGACAGAGGAGAGCGAAGUUUUAGAGGUGCAGCUAUCCAGUCUGAAGACGGAGACGGAGAGGAUCCAGGGCCAAAGGGACCAUUUGCAGGCAGAGCUGCUGGCCUGCCGCACCGAGCUUGAAGCCCUGCGGGUCGCACUUUCUCAUAUGCAGAGCAACAGCAAGGCGCUUAGCAGUGACAAGGUGACAUUGCAGCAUCAGUGUCUUGAGCUGAGGAGCCAGGUCAUUAGUCUGCGCUCACAAAUCGACACCAGCCAGACUGUGCAGAGAGACUUUGUCCAGCUCUCCCAGGCGUUGCAGGUGAAGUUGGAAUUAAUCCGCCAGGCUGAAACACUUGAACAAGUGAAGGAAAUCCUGGGAGAGGGACUCUGCAAAGAUGAGCCUUUGUCCACAACGUGAGUCUCAGGGUGCCACAUUGGAAUCAAAGCCACCAAAUAAAAUGAGGAAUUACAAGAGUGAUCAAUAACAGUCAAGCGUGCAUUACCAAAGCAACACAGAAUUUGGACAAAACGGCAGAAUGACCACUGGGAUUGUUGUUGCUGCUACUCUGGCUAUUGCUUUUCUCGUGACUUGGGGGGAUGGCUCAGUUGUUCUUAAACGGUUUUUGUUUGCUGCAGAGAUACGUGAAUUUGACGACCAAACCACUGCUCACUGACCAAACAAAUACUUAGACGGGAGUGUUUGAUAACAAAUAUUUCUGUGACACUGUAUUAAACGACCUCACACUACCUUUUUUCUUUGUACCUGAGAUGAAAAUAUUUGUGCAUGCACAUUUUAGCCUUUUUUAUUAUUAUCAUAAUAUUAUUAUAUAUUUAUAAAAGCGACAAGUGGAACCAGCAGAACACUCGACACAGUAUAAUGAAUCUCUUUGCACUGUACAGUUAAUGAACAAGAUGCAUAAAUUGACAUCCAUGUACCUAUGCAGGAGUAUUUUACUUUCUCUUUGUGACCAAAUACAAAGCCAUUUAGAAGUGAUGAAUCAUGCUGCAACGAUGAAGUCACAUGUCUAAUGAUAUUUAUGAAGUGGUAACGGCAGACUUGAUGACUGUUAUAGUUGAUAUGAAACUGACUACGCAAACACUGGCUCAAAGACUUACAUGAGCCGCAGGUCAGAUGUAACGCUACUUUCUAUUCUAUAGCAUAAUAAUAUAUCAUUCUUUACUCUUUCCUGUAAGAGCUCUUAACCACGGUUCAUACAAUAUUGUGAAAGUUGGUUGAGAAGAAGCCGCUUGACUCUAAAACAUAUCAAGAAAUGUGAACCGUCAUUAUAUUUGUGUUAAUGUAUAUUGAGAAAAUUCUCAGUCUUUGGGUAUUAAGCUUAUGCUCAUAGCCAAACGACACGUUAUUGUAACCAAUCCUGUUUUACACAGAGUAAAUCUCACU